CGGUCCCGCUAUUGUCAUUCCAACAACCUACGUGGAGCAUGAAUUGUAAUCUAAUUCAACAGUUACUCGUUGACAAGUCGAUGUCAUUGUAGUAAUCGCGUGUAUUGCUCCUUUUAAAGGAAAUGGAAGACCAACUUCGAUAGCGUGGGUACUCCUGGGAUUUAGUUACCAGUUUGAAUUAGUUGUAAAGUUCCCACGAGUACAGGAACAGCAUGGGGUUAGACUGGAGGUUUCAGCGCAUGCCCAGCUCAUGGAGUAGUUGUGAUUAGUUUAUCACAAAAUGAGCAUCUAGGACAAGUGCCACUUGAAAAAUGGUCGGGUCAUGCACUUAAAAAUGUUAGCGAAACUGAGACCGCCAUGAUGGCGCUUGUUUACCUUGCCGCUGCGACGUUGUGUACGACAUUCCGUGGAAGCAAGACAAUUACGUACGAUGCAAAGAGUAACCGACGGCUGGUUCUGUGACCAAAAUGUCGCACUGGACAGGAAACCGAAUUGGACCCUGAUUUAGCAAAGGGAUUUCAGAGACCAGAUAACCAGUCCAAUCCAACACAGGCCUAUCAUGGCCGCCAUCCGAAUUCAGGCUUCCCAAAAGAGGCCUCCCCCGACGCCCGAGCCGAUGGACGCUGUCUACGAUGCCAACGUCGUCGUCAAUACAAUUGGAGACGGCCAUUGGAGACCGCAAAGCUCCAUCAGCCAGAACGCGCUGACGACGGACACCAGCGAGCCCGAGAACCCGGAUAACGACCAAGGUGGACAGGCUGUCGUUUUGCUCAAGAAUAAGUCCAGGGUUUCCAUCAUCGACGGUGAUACCGCGCCAAGACACGAAGGAGCCGAGGGUUCCCUUCGAAUACACGGUAUUGUGCCGCGGGACCCACCGCCAACCAGAGCGGCAAGUACCGUGUCACACAAGACGAACGGGGUAAAACGCCGGUUCCGGUUGCGGACUGCGCCGGGAAAACUGCAACGGACCGCGGAACUCGACAGGGCGUUUUCCACCAUGAACGACCGCACGCGGGUGACAAUCGAGAGCAUCAGAGGGAACACGCGGACCUCCCGAAAUGAAUUUGGUGACAGGGUCUGUCGGCCUUACAGCGUCUACACGGUCACCAAGCAGUGCGAGAGACUUGCCAUCAGUCCCUUCGGGGGACCGCUGUUAAACAGCGCGGCCGGUAGGUAUCGCGAGAGGUUUUUGAGCAAGCAUCGACCAGAUGUUGUACAAGGCACAUCACGCGGAUCGGUACAGAUCAAAUUUCAGAGAUUUUACGAUAAUUUGGACUUGCUUGAAAUCAACGUCAAGCGCACACCGUUCGGAACGCUUCGCAAACCGCCACCGAAGCAGGCACGGAAGGUGGAGUCGACGACGAAGUCGGUGCCUGUAGAGCUCCACAAAUUCACCUCCGAGAGAGUGGCUAACCUCCAUGAGUCGAUGGGCCGACAACAGGAAAGCCAACCAAGCAACCAGUCCGAAGGGAAGCGACUCGGAGUCAUGAGUGUGGAGUACAAAGUAGCCAUGGAGGUAUCGAGCAACCUGGAGAAACAUCGCAAGAGCCGACCGUCUAACCUUCCCGGGUUACCGACGUUUUUGCCCGGGAGAACUGACGCACCCAGACUGCAGACCCAAACUGAGCGCCUGCUCACACCUGGGGAGAUGGCGCUCAAGGAGGGUAUCUCGACCAAUCUGUACGACCACGAACGGAGCAAGCGUGGUCCGGUUAAGGCCAUCGAGAAACCGCCCAGGCGAGUCAAGUCCCCUCCACUCUCUAAACUUUCCCGAGAGAGGUUUCUCCCGGAGGCACAGAGGCUAAGAGAGAACGAAUCUUGGUCACAGUUGAGAAUCGGUCGCCCUGUCACACCCCCUGCAUCAGAAUACACGGCUGUGCAGUCCCCCUCGUUUGUGACAACCGCCAGGCCUUGGACGGCAAUGACAGCGCGUAGUGGUGGCUCAAAGAACGCCGACAAGUCGAAACAGGCUAAACAAGAACAGACUGACGGGCCAUCCAACCAACAAGAAGAACCUGUCGUGGGAAAACUUGCAGCUGAAAAUUCCCACCAGGCACAAGAAGUUAAUGAAUCAAACAAUGCGAGGACUACAGACAAAGUCAGUGAAAACGAUCAAAGUAACCUAGAGGAGGAAGUUCAGGAAAAAUCUGAUUGUUCUGCAAAUGAAUCUGUUUAUCUUGAAAGUACUGGUCAAAGUCCCGAAGAGCAAGACAAGACCAGCACGCCGUUGUCCAGCACAUCGUUGGUUGUUACAGUUCCUGGCGAUGAGGGCGCGCAAGAAGUUGACCCAGUGGCCAACAGUGAGGGCGGUGUUGAGGUGACGUCAGCGAAUGAUCAUGGUGAUGGUACUAAGGGUGACGAUGCAAUCACAAACAAGGAGAAUACAAUAUUAGUUGACCCAGACGGAGGUAAACAACAGGGCUCAGAUGAAAAUGAUGGAUGAGUCAAUCCUUAGAACAUUUCAUAUUUUUCAGAGAGAGAAACUCGCAUUUGAACCGGCACCCAUGUGAAUAAGCAGCUGUCAUGUUGUCAACUUAGGAGUUUUACCUUAAAUAGGAUCAUAAUUUUGUUUUGGCAGAAAAUAAUGUCAAAGAUACUUGCGAAGCUGGGAAAAAUUACGAAUGAGGAAAAGUUAUCAGUAAAAUUUCCGACUGAAGUUACAGCUUAACCUUUAGAAUGCUCAAAGUAGUUUUUAUCUAUAAGAGUAUAUUUUUGCAAUAUUUUUUUCAACAAAAAGGAAAGAAAAUUCCUCGUGGCAUUGGAAAUCCUACGAGCAGGAUUACACUAAUUGCACUUUCUAGUAUCUGAACAAGGAGGCAUAAUAUCAAUGUAACCCGAACACUCUACGAUCUUUUCCUAUUUACAGUGUUUUUUUAUUCAGUGAAUAGAAUUCGCCGAUGUUAUGAUUGCACUGAGGUAGUCAUUUUGGACAAGCUUUCCUUGUUCCUGUGCAGACUUCGAAACUAAUAUGAUAGCUUUGGGGAUACUUUAUUUCGUAUGGUGGCGGGAAUGCACAUUUAUUUGCAAUUUGGUGUGCCAUAAGUGUUUUUACAAGUCAAGUUUUACCUGCACGAAUCUUUCACGAAUUCUUAAAUGGAAUUUGUAAGGUCAAGAAAGUAACUUUCAUUCUGAAAAUCUACAUACAGUUUAUACAUGUAAUCGUCAUCUGGAUUUACAACAGUGACAGUAUUGACGAAAUGAUUUAUACUUGUAGUUGUCAAAUUGCCAUUUGGUCAACGUCACAUAAAAACAAAACAUAUAUAGUAAUUUCAUUUAUUUUGAGAAGAUGUCAAUAAUUUGCAUUAUUUACAUUUUCAAAACAGCAGUUAAAAAUACAUGAAAUAAAAUUAUCUAUUAAAAUUCAAACAUUGGUCCAACGAUAUCAAAAGCAUAAUACAAAUAAACCUAAUUUUUAAAACAAAGACCCUGUAGUAAAAUAUGAAGAAGAAACAACCCUAUUGAAAUGUCUUUUAUUCAAGGAAUGUUUUUACAGCUUGGACUUAAAAACUAACGACUGAUUAAAUUUCAUGACGUGAUCACGUCCAUGACCGGA